AUGAAGUUGAAAAAGCUAUCCAAUCAGUUCAGCAAACAGCACCCACAACGUUCCAAUAAGGACAUUCAAAAAGAAAUGGUAAAGCUGCUGGAAUUCGUGGGAUCCUCCAAUCGAACAAAGAAUCCGAAUUGCGUUUAUCUUUUGAACAAAAGUGACGGACAAGAUGGAGCAAGAGAUGACGAUGGUGAUGUGGAAAAUCUCGAAGAAGAGAAUGUCACUCCGCCGCAAAAAAGAAAUGCGCCACCGCACAGAAUGAACCAACAAGACCAAGACGUUCAGAAUGGCGCUGAUUUGCAUCGUCGGAAGACUGGGUCACAUCAUUUAAAAGAUGGGCUGCAAAUGUUUGCACGAAUCCAACAGGCCAAUCAAGCAGCUCGGACAGACCAUUUAUUGCUGCACCAAGUCUUCGGACAGCUUCGACGUGGUGAGAGGGGUUCGAAUGCAGCGAAUGGUGCGAACGAACACAUCGCUGGGAGAGAUGGAGAGGAUGGCGUGCGUGUUGGAGUAGCUUAA